CUGUCACUCUACUCCGCUCACUCGACGAACUCUCAACCCAACAAUGGCGAACGUAAUUGUAAAAGAUUGAACGCGAGUGCGAAAAAAAUGUGAAAUUUAGCACAGCCAGAGCUGCAACAGUGUUUGGAGAUUGAAAAGUUAUGAAAAAGAGGCGAUAAUAUGCCACAAACAAGAAACCAAAACUGACUAAACGUGCAAACUGAAUACGGAUCGGAAAUCGCAGAAAUUAGUUCCCUCUCUCUCUCGCUCUCUCUUCUCUUUUAAUACCCCCGCCCCGCGCCCUACCGGUUGCAAAAACAAAAUGAGAUUCUGCGUUGUUGUUUGUUGCGUGUUAUUUUUGCUGGCCAGCGGGCCUAUUGCAUCAGCUACAGCAAAAUCACAACAGGGCGACUCGGCAGAAGUCGUCAGCAGCGGCGAGGAUGAGAAGACGGACUGCACGGACCUCGCCCGCGACGAGGAGGCGCUGAUGGUGUUCUCCACACUGGGCGGCGGACUGACGGCCAUCGAUCCGGUGACCAGCGAAAUACGCUGGACAAUAGCAGAUGAUCCUCCUAUAGUAGCAGAUCACCAGGAGAAUGUUCAGGUUCCGCACUUUUUGCCCGAUCCUCGAGAUGGCAGCAUUUACCAGCUGGGUCAGAUGGGCAGUCUCAAGAAGUUACCGUACACCAUUCCCCAACUGGUGGCCAAUGCCCCCUGUCGCUCCUCCGAUGGAAUCCUGUACUCAGGGAAAAAGAGCGACACCUGGUAUAUGGUGGAUCCCAAGACGGGCAGACGCGAAAAGGUCAUGGGCUUUGGUGAUGCUACAAUGGAUGGCAAGGAGGGCGAGCAGAUCGGCUGGGCCACUUCGCGGGCCAUCUAUCUGGGCCGGACUCAGUACACGGUCAUGAUGUACGACAGCCUGGCCAAGAACAAGGAUGCGAAGCCAUGGAAUAUCACAUUUUACGACUACAAUGCUGUUAGUGCUCCUCCAGAGCUGGCCAAGGAAUAUGAGUAUAUACACCUGACCACCACCACCAAUGGACAAAUCGUGACUCUGGAUCGGAAGCAGGGUAAAUUUCUGUGGCAGCGCGAUCUGAGCAGCCCAGUGGUGGCCGCUUUCCUUUUGGGACCAGACGGGCUACUCAGUGUGCCAUUCACCACGGUCUCCGAUGAAGCUUAUCACGCUAUCCUCGAGGAGUCGAAAACAGGAAAUGUGAACACCGUGAAGCUAUUCCAAUCCCUUUAUGUGGGCGAACAUCAAAAGGGCUUGUAUGCCCUGCCUUCGCUGGUGGACAAGAACACGCCUCGUAUUUCCACAACACCACCCAUAAAACUUCUGGAUGGACCUACAGGAGACCAGAACACCAACCAAGAGACAGAUCCGCGUACCAUUUACAUUAACGAUGUGCUGCAAGAGCAUCCAGGAAUUAUGUUGGGGCACUACAACAUGCCCAAUGAGGGUAAUGGUAAUCUGCAGCUGUCACCGACGACAGCCAGCAGCAAGGUGGUUCAGAGUCUGGCCACCAUUCACAACUAUAACGAUGGCUACGGCCUGUUGGCCAAUAAUGAAAAGAACGCCGCCGACAUUGGCGUGCAAACGGAUCCCGAGCUGGUUGAAAUUGGCAUUGAUGAGCGGACGAAUGGGAACACCAUUAAUCGGACGAAGACAAUAAUACUGCAGAACAGCAAUAAGGUGCAGGCGUUUAUCAACGAGUGGUUCAUGGAGCAUCCCAGCGGAAAGGUGCAUCAGAUUCUGAUUGUUAUCGUUCUGGGCAUGAUUGCCUUGUUUUGGUACACCUGCAGCACAAUGAGGGAGCUGCAAAAGCAGAGCGAGAAUGGUUCAAAAACCUUUGCCAUUGCCCAGAAUGGAUCCAAUGGAAGCACUGGCAGCAAUGGUAGCAAUGCUAACGCUGAAGACCUAGUGGACUUGGGUAAUGGACAAGUGCGCGUGGGCAAGAUCAGCUUCAGCACAAAUGAGGUGCUGGGAAAGGGCUGCGAGGGUACUUUUGUCUUUAAGGGCACAUUCGAGGAACGUUUCGUAGCCGUGAAACGGCUGCUGCCUGAAUGCUUCACCUUUGCUGAUCGCGAGGUGGCCCUAUUGCGGGAAUCGGACGCCCACGAAAAUGUGGUGCGCUACUUCUGCACCGAACAGGAUCGCCAGUUCCGCUACAUAGCCGUCGAACUGUGCGCGGCCACUCUGCAGGACUACACCGAAGGAGAUCGCUCGCUGAAACUUCAAAAUCACAUCGAUGUUUGGCAAGUGUUGAGCCAGGCUGCAUCUGGACUGAGUCAUCUUCACUCCCUCGACAUUGUGCAUCGCGACAUCAAGCCUCAGAAUGUUCUCAUUUCGCUGCCAGACGCCAAGGGCAAAGUACGUGUCAUGAUCUCCGAUUUUGGGCUGUGCAAGAAGCUGAAUUUUGGCAAGACUAGUUUCUCACGCCGAUCGGGUGUAACAGGCACCGAUGGAUGGAUAGCGCCAGAAAUGAUGAGAUCACAGCGAACGACAACUGCUGUGGAUAUCUUUUCUCUGGGCUGCGUUUAUUAUUAUGUUUUGAGUGGCGGUCACCACGCCUUUGGUGACAAUCUAAAGCGCCAGGCCAACAUACUUUCCCAUGAGUACAAUCUGGCCAAGCUGCGCACAGAGGACGAUAGUGAGGACAGCCGAAUUAUCCUUGCUGAGCAAUUAAUAUCGGAUAUGAUACACAAGGAUCCGCAAUCGCGACCUCCAGCUCGUUGUAUCGGAAAUCAUCCGCUCUUUUGGGAUGAGCCUAAAAUGCUCUCGUUCCUUCAGGAUGUCAGCGAUCGUGUGGAGAAGUUGCAAUUCCAUGCCGAGCCGCUUAAGUCGCUGGAGAAGAACGGGCGGAUAGUUGUUUUAGACGAUUGGAAUGUCCAUCUGGACCCCAUGAUCACGGAUGAUUUGAGGAAGUACCGUGGAUAUAUGGGCGCCAGUGUAAGAGAUUUGCUCCGUGCUCUGCGCAAUAAGAAGCAUCAUUAUCACGAGCUAACGCCAGCCGCCCAGGAGAUGCUGGGCUGCAUUCCGCACGAGUUCACCAACUACUGGGUGGAUCGUUUCCCGCAGCUCAUUUCACACGCCUACCACGCGUUCAGUAUUUGCUCAAAUGAGCCGAUCUUCAAGCCGUACUACAGUGCCGGCUAUCUUUUUUCACGUCCGUGGUACUUUGAUGCGGACGAUGCGCUGUUCCCCAUGCUCAUGCGGGAUCCCAAGCCCCUGCCCAAGACUGGAAGUCCUAAAAAGACACCUUCGCCGGCAAACAGCCAAGCUCAGCAGUUGAAGCAAAGAAAAGGGCUUUACAACUUCCGUAAGCCCAGCGAUGAGCUGCCGAUUCCUGGCGUUGGUCUGCAGCGUAAUCUUGAGCUAGAUGGACAAUCACUGGAGCCCGAUGGCAAGCGGGAUGUGUUUGCCAACUUUAAGUUUCGGCGCUACUCGAAGCCGGGAAACAAUCGCAAUUACAACGGUGGGCACAAGGACACACAGGAGAAGGAAAAGAACGUAAGCUGGACGCUGCCCCCUUCAACGCAGGAUUAGGGCAUAGACCCAACCAGAUCAGAUUAGACGAGCUUUAGUUGUAAUCAUUUAUUAAGUUAUUAUUAUUUAAUCGUGCAAUUUGUGUACAUGCAACUAUUCCAAAAUGAUUCCCAAUUCAGUUCUUAGCAAAAAUAUUCAACGAUAAGUAAUCAAAUGAAACUAUUUUGUAUACCAAGUAAGAAUAAUGUAGUGUGUCUUCUGUCGAAUGCACGCAAUUUAACUGUGAUAAUUUUUGAUUUUGUUCAAUGCCCAAGUGCAAGUUGAUCUAGACAAAUAGUUCGAGUUUUAUAAAUAGUACCUAGACUUAUUGUAUAUUUAUGCAUUAGUUAAGACACACCUAUCCCAACACUCCUCCCAUUCGUGGAGAUCCUUGACAAGCAAAGUUUUUAGUUUUUAUAUCUAUUAUAAAAGCACUUAGUUUUAAAGUUCAAUAAUGGAAUGUUUCAGUUGAUGGAUAACUUGAUGCUUGGUAACGAGCUGCAUUUUCUAAGAAAUUUUAAUCUUUAACAAAAUGAAAACUAAAUAAAAAUUUAAAGCAAA